AUGUUGGCAUGGGUGCAGUUGCCAUUGGUAGAUGUUGAAUUUGGACUGGAAUGGGUGGUGGUGCAAUGCUUAUCUUCGGGGAUGGCCUCAGUUUGCUUAUGUUAUGGAUGUCGAUGGGAAUGGGAAUGGGAUUGGGAUUGGGAGGCUGAUCUCUGGAAUGGGGAUGUUAGUGGAUGGAUCCAGUGCUCCUGUUGCCUAUUGACCUUGUGUUCCGACAUUGAUGUGUCAUUGUCCAAUAAAGCAUGUUCAUCAAUUUCUGGAGUAUCUAGUGGUGAUGAGUUCUCUGACACAAAUUCUGAGAGUUCUGAGAUUUGGUUCUGGGUUCAACUCUGGAUGUGGCUCUGGACUUGGCUCUGGACUCGGCUCUGGACUUGGAGGGAAAGCUCUAAGGCAGCAACUUGGUUGAGACAAACUUGCUCUGUUCACCAGUUGGAGUGGUGCUCACCAUGGGCCCCCUACUCCACUGGGAACAUCACCACUGAGCAAUUCUUUGACAAAUUCUUUGCGCACUGCUCUCAAAAUGACCCUGAACUGAGGUCUACUCACAGAGUUGUACCUAAUUACUCUCAUAAUUGGUGGAAGGAUUGCUUUGACACCUUGGGAUUACUGCUGCCAUUCUUGGAUGUCAAUGAGGUCAUGGACAUGACCCAUGACCACUUUGAACAACUGCCUAUGGGAGCAAUGCUGGUGCCGGGCCCUGUGGUCACUGGUCAAGUGGAAGGUGAACCCCUCCUCAAUCAAAUUAUGGCAGUGAAGGCCCACAUCCAACAUCUCAGCAAGUCACUGGAAAGUAUGUUAGAAGAGAAGAUCCAGAAGGCCGUAGAGGCCACAGCAACUAUGUCCAACUUGAGGGGCCCAUGGAUGAGCUGGAGCAAGCACUCUUGA